AGUAUUUUAGUCACGAAUAUGGUCGCUAGAUAUUUAAAAUGCAGCUGGUAUUUUGACAUUGAAGUUCUGAUGGAUCUGUGUAUGUUAUGUACGAUAGCAGAAGUAUACUAUGUAACACGUUUAUAAACUCGUUGCGCUCGUUGGGAAAAAUAUAUAUUUAAAACUUGUAGCAUAAAAUACAAUUUUAUAUUGUAAUUUUUUCUAUUGAGUUUAGUUUUAUUAAAAUCCAUUUGAAAACUAUUACGCAGUGCUAAACAUUUUUUUAAAUAACAUUACGUAGGUAACUGCUUGCUAAUCGGCAAAUAAAACGGGAAAUUGUAACACCAUUUAAGUAAAGAAACGUUAUAACGACCAACUUCCAUUUGAAUAUAUUUGCUAACUUAACGGUCAGGGCUGUAAAACCUAAAUCUAUAAUUCUCAGUAAUAGAGUGCGCCGAAAUAAAUUCAAAUGGGGCUGUAAUUACCUUAAAUUAGCUUUCUCGACGGAUGGUUCCAUUAGUAAUCGAAUUGGUAAAUCAGUUUAUGAAAUAUCAUCGGCCCAACAGGUUGUUCGUUGAAAUGUUCAAAUUGUUGUGUUUUUCUGUGAUCUUCGAAAUUUCCGUCGGAUACACAAUAACCUUCAGGGAUGAAAUAUCGUGCCAGAUGCCUAUGGGCGAUAAAUGCGUCGGAAUUCGGGAAUGUCCAUUUUUUUCCGAAUUGCUAGACAGAACUCCGAUCCCGCGGCCUAGGAGCGUCGCGAAAAUUUUGCGAGACCACCAGUGUGGAUUUGAAUAUAAGAAUAAUAAGAUUAAACCAAAAGUUUGUUGUGUCACAAACACUGCUCCUGCGCCGCCAACCACUGAAUCGUCUUCUCAGCUGGCGGAGAAAAUUCCUCUAGCAUUCGCUAGAUUUAGAAGUCACAAGAAUUUUCACCUCUUACCAUUAAAUGUAUGCGGUUCCAUCGCAACGAAUUCCAGGAUUACCUCUGGAAAGCAAACAGGAUUGGAAGAAUUUCCAUGGAUGGCCCUCAUAGCAUACAACACAGAUGGAAUAGAUUUUCGUUGUGGAGGUACCCUAAUAAAUGCCAGAUAUAUACUCACCGCAGCACAUUGUAUUAUAAAUACUAUAAUUGGAGUUAGGCUAGGAGAAUACGAUUUACGAAACACGGAGGACUGCGAAGAAGGAUACUGCGCUCCAAAAGUGCAAGAUUUCCGAGCGGAAAAGAUGAUGAUUCAUCCGAACUAUAACAAACGGACAUACACAAAUGAUAUAGCGUUGAUAAGGCUAGACUAUAAUGCAAAUUUUAGUUAUUCCAAUAUUAAACCGAUAUGUCUUCCGGUGAGCGAAAUUAAUGACGACCUAACGGGAAAAUCGGCUAUCGUCUCCGGAUGGGGUGCUACGGAAAAAGGUACAGUUACAUGUUACAAAAGCCCAAUACUUCUCAAAGUAUCAGUACCCGUGUUGUCACUGUCUGUUUGCCAUAAAGUGUACCAACAGUUUGCUCCAAUUACGGAUCAGCAAAUAUGUGCCGGUGGAUACAAUGGUAGAGACUCAUGUGGAGGAGACAGCGGUGGACCGAUGAAGUAUGUCGGACUUGUUGACGGCUCGCCUAGAUACAUACAGUACGGAAUUGUAUCAUUUGGCCCGAGACAAUGCGGUGCCGAUGGGCAACCGGGUAUUUACACCAGGGUUGGGAGUUAUAUCCAAUGGAUUUUGGAUAACAUGGAAGAAUGA